UCGUGUUUGCAAUGCCUUCGAGCCUCUUGCAGUUUCUUGUCAAGAUUGAGUCUUGCACUUCGGCUGAGCUUUGUCUCGCUUUCGGGAAUGCCCCAUGAGGGAUGGCCCAUUCACGGCAAAGGUCGACUUGCUACAGGAUCCUCGAUGUCCGUUUUACCCAGUUGUACAGCAGAGAGCGAUUCGACCGAGUACCACCUCGGCGGCAGGCCAUGCGUCACUGAGGUUAGGCCGGGAGAUUACAAAGCAGUCUGACGAGCCAACACUUCACAGGAUAGGGUGUACUCACCGGCCCCUGCAACAGUCCUGUCACAUUCGAGUACAUCUCGAACAAUGGAAAGCCCGACACGGGAUCGCCAACACGGUAAAGGUUGACUCGCCCACGAGCCCCGAUACCCGUUCGUGCAAACGACCCCAUAUUGACAGCUCGCCACAGUCAACUAGAGCGAGAGGCUCGUUGACAGGCUCGAGCGUCCGGUGGAGGCAAGGGUCGGGAUGCCGAAUCAGCUGUCGAAUAAGCCAUUACGGGAGAGGGAAAGCGUGCUCACAGCACCCCCACAUUCCCUACAGAAUAUCAUGUUCUUACAUGAAGCACGACGAGCCGAUAUCAAACAACUACCGAGCGAGCUGGAUGCGGCCGGCUGCCGUGCAAACGCGCCAACAUUACUGAUGAACGGCACACAUGUUAAUCACUGCACGACAGCCAUCAGGCGCAUCCACCAACGCGAACAGCGGAGUGGUCGGCGAGGAGUCUGCUUCACAGCUCGGCUACGGCCUUGCAUUUGUGGCGCCGCGUUUGAGAACGUGGCUUGAUGCCCAACGACCUUUCUCUGGUCAUACAGGUCCCCACGCUUCCAGAGCGAGGACUACUUCUCGUGUCAUCUCACUGCGAUAAGUCGCAGGAGAGAUCUUGAGUACAUUGUC